AUGCGCACCUUUAUCAAGCACGUUUUGGCUGCCGCAUGUCUGGCGGCCACGGCUUCGGCUGUGACGCCCAUCUCCGAUUCGGACAUGAACCAAAUGCUGAACGAGGGAGGAGUCAGUCUUGCCAUGAAGGCUCAGCCAAUGUUCUUCUUUGGACAGGCAAUGAAACAGCCCCCCUGUAUUCCUACGUUUGCAACCACUCCCGAUGGAAAGCAAGUCCCGUCUUCCAAGCUCUGCGCAUUCCCAGAUGUUGGCUGCGAAUGCCGAAACCCAGGUGUUGGCAUCGGCAAUCCUAGUCCUUCAUUUCCCAUCUAUUACAGUUACCAGAAAUGCUCUGAUACCUCGGUGAGAGUCGCCUACAACUUGUUCUACACAAAAGAUGGCAGCGAACCGAACAAGGUCUUUGGACAUCCUUACGACUGGGAACGCGUCAUUGUUGUUUUCACAAAGGCCGCUGAUGGGAACUGGCGGCCGGACCAGUUGUUCCUCUCUCAGCAUAGCGGCUAUGGCCGUUUGCAGUGGGCCAAGAUACAGAAUACGAUAAACCGUGAAGACGCAGCCGAACCUCGCGGCGGCAAGGACGGAAGACAGUACCUCGACCAUCCCAAGGUCUACGUUGAGUGGAGCAAGCACGCCCAUCGCGACACACGUAAUACGGGUUGGAACGAUCCCCUGUCCCAGCUCACGGACAAUGCUUUCCGGUCCAACGACUGGUGGUACUUUCCCAAACGAGAUGACUACAUCCGAGCGGAUCGAUCAACCGAGAUUGGAAGACUCCUGGGGAGCUUUGACUGGGGAGAUGCCUCGUCAAACCCGCCAUCAGUGCACGACGGCCUUUGCACUGCUUAA